AUGAAGGUCGCACUCGCGCUCAUCGCGGCUCUGGCGGCCACCGUGCUCGCCACGCCCGUCCCCGCCCCGAAGGCCGAAGCCGCAGCCGAAGCCCAAGGCUGGGGCGGAGGUACCGGCGGCCCUCCCGUCGGGUGGGGCCCGCCCGGCUGGAAGCGCGACGCCGACGCGCAGACCUGGGGCGGGGGUACUGGCGGUGGUCCUGGAGGUGGUUGGGGUCCGCCCGGCUGGAAGAAGCGCAGUGCCGACGCUCAAGGCUGGGGCGGUGGUACCGGCGGUGGUCCUGGUAGUGGCUGGGGCCCGCCCGGUUGGAAGAAGCGGGAUGCUGCCGCUGAGCAGGAAGCAGGAGGUGUGGGGUUUGAGAAGUUCGUCCCGUAG